ACUCCGCGGAUUGUGCACAGUUCUUGAAGGUGGGAACAGAAGAGAAGGCCCGGGGGGGCCGGGGAGGGGGUACCCAGGCUCUGCACAGAUCCCCAAGGGGCUCCUGGCAGCAGGAAAGAAGCUACACAUCAGAGUUGGGGACUUGUGCCCUGGGGCUGCCUGGCAUCUGGGGGCCUCCUCAGAGCCAGGGCUCUUUCUGCUUGAGGCUGAGACUCACUGGUGUCAUCAGGCCCCUCCAUGAAUGAGACAAACAAAACACUUGUGGGGCCCUCGGAGCUCCCCACAGCGUCUGCUGUGGCCCCUGGCCCAGGCACUGGGGCUCGGGCAUGGCCUCUGCUGGUAGGAUUUGUGCUGGGGGCUGUGGUCCUCUCGCUCCUCAUCGCACUUGCUGCCAAAUGCCACCUCUGCCGCCGAUACCAUGCCAGCUACCGGCACCGCCCACUGCCUGAGACAGUAAGGGGGGGCCGCCCACAGGUGGCUGAAGAUGAGGAUGAUGAUGGCUUCAUCGAGGACAAUUACAUUCAGCCUGGGACUGGCGAGCUGGGGACAGAGGGUAGCAGGGACCACUUCUCCCUCUGAGCUCCCAUCUUUGGAGCCUCCCCACUCCCUCCAUGCCUGACAGCUUAAGGACAGUGGUUAUGACAUGGGGGCCUCGAACCUCAGGGACAGAGGUGGCUGGGGCUUAAAGGUUGGCCAGGGAUGGAGUAAACCCCACUUCCCUGACACUAGCCAGCAAAGUGACAAUGACCCUGUCUUGCUCAGUAACUCUCAAUGGUUCCCUGCUGUUCUCAGGAUAAAGCCAAACAAAGGCUUGAGUGUGGACAUAAGGCCCUCUGUGAUCAUGCCUCUGGGCCUCUUGGUUUCUUUUCUUGCCUUCCCCUACUUUACUCUCUAACUAAAUAUUAUUCUCCCUCCCACCACUUCCCACGCAGUUUCCCCAGGCACCUUUGCUCACAUUGGUCCACCUGCCUAUGCUACUCUUCUCCUAUAUCCUCUAUGACCGUGAUGGCCUGCCUACCUGCCAGCAUUUCAGAUAUGCCCAGAUGGUAACAUUUGUGCAGGUGAAAACCAGUGCCAAGCUUCAUUUUUUUUUUUUUUUUUUCCUGAGACGGAGUCUCACUCUGUCGCCCAGGCUGGAGUAUAAUGGCACAUCUGGGCUCACUGCAACCUCCGCCUCCCAGGUUCAAGCGAUUCUCCUGCCUCAGCCUCCUGAGUAGCUGGGAUUACAGGUGUCUGCCACCAUGCCCAGCUAAUUUUUAUAUUUUUAGUAGAGACGGGGUUUUGCCAUGUUGGCCAGGAUGGUCUCGAACUCUUGACCUCAGGUAAUCCACCUGCCUUGGCCUCCCAAAGUGCUGGGAUUACAGGCGUGCGACACUGUGCCCGGCCAGGUUCUUAAUGAAAUAUUUUGCUAUAAAUAAAGUGGGUAAUCUGGUUAUAAUAUGUUUUUCACAGGAAUUAAUAAAUCUAUUUUCAUUUUGAAUAAAAA